CGGGGUUUUCGAAGCCGGUGUCGGUGAGGUGUACAUGACGCCAUUUUGACGUGACAAGCGGUGACAGAGAACUCUCCAGAAAGCCUCAUUGACGAGUUGACCUAAUUCAAAAAGAGAUUCCUUUUAUAACAAGCGACAAUCCUGAAAGGAUGGGGAACAUCUUUGUGAAUCUCUUUAAAGGCCUCUUUGGGAAGAAGGAGAUGAGGAUCCUGAUGGUGGGCCUGGAUGCUGCCGGCAAAACCACCAUCCUGUACAAACUCAAGCUGGGAGAGAUCGUCACCACCAUCCCUACGAUCGGAUUUAACGUGGAGACGGUGGAGUACAAGAACAUCAGUUUUACAGUGUGGGAUGUGGGCGGUCAGGACAAAAUCAGACCCCUGUGGAGACACUACUUUCAGAACACACAAGGACUGAUCUUUGUAGUGGACAGCAACGAUAGAGAGCGAGUAAACGAAGCGAGGGAGGAACUGACAAGAAUGUUGGCAGAAGACGAACUGCGCGACGCCGUUCUCCUGGUUUUCGCAAACAAACAGGACCUGCCCAAUGCGAUGAAUGCAGCUGAGAUUACAGAUAAACUCGGGCUGCAUGCGCUGCGCCUUCGCAACUGGUACAUCCAGGCCACGUGCGCAACCAGUGGAGACGGACUGUACGAGGGCCUCGACUGGCUCUCCAACCAGCUGAAGAACCAGAAAUGAACCAUUCCACCCAUCCUGUGUGUGUGUGUUUGUGUGUGAGUGUGGGUGUGAGGGAAAUAGAGAGAGAGAGAUGUUGGUCUUGCCUAAACCAUGACUGGCAUACACAGUAUAUUUUUUUUCCUGUGUGUGUGCGGGUGUGUUUGCAGACACACCAUUUUACCAACUCAAGUGUGUUUGUGGUUUAGACAUGAGACUGUCAUUCAGCACAAACCUCAAUAUUCUUUAGUCUUUCAUAAGGGUUUUGGCUUUGCUGCCUCCCGUGUGUGUGUGUGUGUAAUCGUGUGAUUCUGAGUGCAACUGUUCCCUUCUAGUGUGUAUGAGAGCAAGAGUGUAAUAGGACCAUACUGUAGGUAUACAUAUUAUAACCCUACGUUCACGCUAGCAAGCCACAUGCGCGUACGUGACGAGACCUUUUUGUGUCAUCGUACGUGGCUGUUAGCUCGCUUUGCUAAUAUGCUGUUAUUUAAUUUGUUUGAAGCUGUGUAUCAUUAACAGUUUUUUUUUGUACCUUCAAGAAGGUCCCACACAAGCAGUUGCUUAACACCUACGAGAGACAAACUACAAGUUACUUGCUAGCGUGAACGCGGGGUUUCGAUGCGGAGACAGAUGACGAUGUUGUCAGUCCACUCAGAGCCACGAACGAAAAUGAACGAUUGUCUGCGGAUGUUUAAGUUAUUCCUAAAUUUUGAGGUUUGUUUUAGUUUUUUUUUUUUCAUGUGCAAGUCUUUUAUUUAAUUGCUUUAACAACUGAAACGCGAGACCGAGUAUAGCUUGUGCACGUUUCGUUUACUGUUAGCUGAACCAUUAUUUUUUUUGUUUAACUACUUUAGUUUGUUGGAUUUGUUUAUUUAUUUGAUGAAGGUCAGUCAAGCAAGUUAAGGAAUGGAAGAAUGGAACAAAAAGCAGAUGUUGCUCUCCAAAAUAACGGCAAAGAUAUGGACGGUGGCUUCAGUAGCGUCGGUUGUCCGUGACUCUAAUAUGUGUAUCUGCGGUUCAGCUUGAGGACGGACCCUGGCGUGCCUUCAAAACCAUUCUUUUAUAUUGUCUUUCUCUCUCUCUCUCUGUCUCUUUCUCUAUCUCCCUCCCCUCUGUCUCUCCCUCUGUCUCUCUGUCUCUCCCUCUGUCUCUUUCUCUCUCUCCCUCUGUCUCUCUCCCUCUAUCUCUCUCCCUCUGUCUCUUUCUCUGUCUCCCUCUCCCUCUCCCUCAGUCUCCCUUUCUCUCUCUCUCCCUUUAAAACUCUCUCUCUCUCUCUCUCUCUCUCUCUCUCUCUCUCUUUCUCUUUUUCAUUCUUAAAUGUGGCAGAGGAGGAAGGAUGGGUUUGAGACCUUGGUGGCGAUUUUGCCUUCAAUACAUUGAAAGAUUUUCAAAAUGGCUGAAGUUUAAAAAGAAGCGCAGUUUAAUAUUCAUUUGUAAAAAUGACCUUCAGUUCUCUGUUUACGUGGCUGCGUAUUUCUAAUACACACGAACGCUGGUUGUUAGGCCUGUUACAACUUAGCAUGUUAGCUAGCUACGUAGUUCCUUUAAGAUGUAGCAGGCCUUGUCAUUACGCUUUAUGAGCUGUUCACGUGUCAUAACAGGGCAUGUUGAAAGCAUUACUGGAGAACUGGAUUAUUUGGUUCCUUUCAAUAAGUCCACCAAUAGUGUUACAGGCAUGUUGACUUUGGGGCAGACUUUUAUUCUAUUUAAAUAAUGAAGAACAUCAGCCUUGGUGUGUGUGUGUGUGUGUGUGUGUGUGGCAGGAAGGACACUGUAACCUGUAUCAGGUUGGGAAGAUCAUUUUCCAUCCUCGAUUGUACUUUGCAUCAUUUGAAGAAUCACAUCUUCUCUUUGUUUUUGUUGUUUAUUUUUUUUCCGAGUGAAGGAUCGAGACGAGACGGAAGAAUCUGUCUGGGUUCUUGACCGUACACUUGACCGUACACUUGACCGUACACUACCUUUCAACCGAGCACAAUCACAAUACAUUCCCAUCUCCCUUGUACUUUUCAACUUGUUUUAAUUAAAUAAAUAAAUAAAUAAACAAAA